ACUUGGGGCUACGAUAUCGGCUUGAUAUAUUUAAACGAACCACUAGACAUCAAUGGAAGAGACGUUCGUGCUGUAGAAAUCCCAAACACGGCAAACCUUCCAGCGGAAUCAUCUACUUUAACGUUCGUGGGCUUUGGUCAAACCUGUGAUAAAACAAACUUCUGUGAACGUAAACCAAAUUUGGUUCAUUUAAAUGUGGAAAGGAAGCAGAGAUGGCAGCGUAGAUACGGGCAUUUUGGAGGAGAUUUUUUGGAUCGAACGUUUGGUGCUCUGAAUGAGAAGGGACAGAGAACGUAUCGGGGUGACAGCGGUGGUGGGCUCAUCCUGUUUACCGGCAAUCAACAGACAGUCGUCGGCAUUGCUUCCGGCAGUCCAAAAAAGGAGAAGGUCCAGUCUCCGGCAAUCAUCGUCCGCGUAGCCUCACACCUUCAGUGGAUACAUGAAAUAAUUCGCAGAGUGAUUCCCAAGGGACAAAUAUCCAAAGCA